AACAGAGACGCAAUGGCGUAGAGGAAGACAAACCCACAGCCUGUCCACAUUCUGCGGCUUUUUCGGUUCAGUCUCUCGUUCGGGGGAAAAGACGGAGAGCGUGUACAGGAGGUGGAGUUCGCCGUGCUUCAACUCCUGGGGACCAGACAUCUGCUGCAAUGCUAACACGGAGCUGAAACUACUGAUCUGUAGGCUCUGGUACAUGACAGCAUACACCAGUCAUGGAAUUUAACAAAUUGGUGACCUUGUGGAUAUUCUGCUUGUGCCUCAUCGGGGAGAGUUGGACUGAAAAACCAAGUUCACCCACACCGGAGAGUCAAUCUGCUGAAAAUGGUGUAUCAGAUUUUUGUCGCAUCGAUGAGCCACUAUGCAAGGAUGACAACGCCAUUCUCAGCUUCGAGGCUAUCCGUAAUAUCCACAAACAGAUGGACGAUGACGCAAACGGCAAUGUAGACGUGGUAGAGACAGACGGUUUCCUGAGAGAAGAUCUAAACUACCAUGACCCCAAGGCCAAACACAACAGCUUCCAUGGGGAUGACCAGUUCAUCAGUGUGGAGGACUUGUGGAAUGCGUGGAAGGGAUCAGAAGUGUAUAAUUGGACAGUGGAUGAGGUGGUGGAGUGGCUCAUCACCUAUGUGGAGCUGCCACAAUAUGUGGAGGCCUUUCGCAAGAUGAAUUUUAAUGGAAGUUGCAUGCCAAGGCUUGCCAUCAAGAACACCACGCUGACUCUCUCGAUUCUGAAGCUUUUGGAUCGUAGCCAUGUGCAAAAGUUACAGCUCAAAUCUUUGGACACUGUACUGUUUGGAGCUCCCCUGAUGAACAGACAUAACCACUUGAAGGACUUUAUGCUGGUGGUAUCAAUAGUUAUCGGCAUGGGUGGCUGCUGGUUUGCCUACAUCCAGAACCGCUACUCUAAGGACCACAUGAAGAAGAUGAUGAAAGAUCUGGAAGGCCUGCAGAGAGCAGAACAGAGCCUCCACGACUUACAACAGAAGCUGCAGAUUGCGCAGGAGGAGCACCGCACAGUCGAGGUGGAGAAAGUAAACCUCGAGCAGAAGUUGAGAGAUGAGAUCAACACAGCCAAGCAGGAGGCUCAGCGACUGAGGGAGCUGCGAGAGGGCACCGAGAAUGAACUAAGCCGCCAAAAGUACGCAGAAGAAGAGCUGGAACAGGUACGCAUGGCAUUGAAGAAAGCAGAGAAGGAGUUGGAGUCUCGCAGUGGCUGGUCACCACCAGAGUCUCUCCAAAAGUGGCUGCAGCUCACACAUGAGGUAGAAGUGCAAUACUACAACAUCAAGAAGCAAAAUGCAGAACGGCAGCUCCUGCUGGCCAAAGAAGGGGCAGAGAAGAUUAAGAAAAAGCGGAACACUCUCUUCGGGACUUUCCAUGUGGCUCACAGCUCCUCCUUAGAUGAUGUAGACCACAAAAUCCUGGCAGCAAAACAAGCUCUAGGCGAGGUGACCGCUGCUCUACGGGAGAGGCUGCAUCGCUGGCAGCAGAUAGAAAUCCUCACAGGUUUCACCAUCGUCAACAACCCAGGCCUCCCCUCCCUGGCCUCAGCCCUCAAUCUGGACCCCACCUUUAUGGGCGGCAGAGCAACACCUCAACACUUCAUCAUGUCUGAUGACAUGGACGACUUGGACGAGGAUGUCAUGCCUGGAAUUCUGCAAUAUGGCACUCUGCUGUUGGAACGGCGAGCCAGUGACCUGUGGUCCAUCGGUUCAGACUGUCAACCCGUGUGGAAAUAUCCUGCUCCCAGUAUGGUGUCCCUGCGUCAGCGCCACAUUGACCCCCAGCUGGCCAUGGGCUCCCAGAGGUUGGUAGAGGGUAGCCUGUUGUCAGGGCAGCAGGGAGAGGGGACCCCAUACCCAUCCAGGUCUAGGGCUACCUUGAGACAGUCGCGCAGCCAGUCGUUCGGGCAGCUCGAGAGUCUCCCCCUGGCUCCUCCUCUUUCCUCAGCUGUGUCUCACCCCUCCAUCAUCUGUACCUCGAACCUAAGCCCUCAGUCCCUGUCCUCGUCUUCGUCCUGUUUGCCCGGCUCUCUGGGUGGUGCUGUAGCGCCUCAUUGCUCGCAUAUAUAUCACACUUCUUUUCAGCCCAUGGACCCCAUUCCUGAUUUCACCUUCUCAGAUGCCUCCAAUGUUCACUCUUCAUGCAGCGACAGCUUCGGGGACCUAAAUCGCUCUGACUCUGACUCCUCCCUGUCCCUCUCUCAAGUCGGUGAUCGGCUUUCGGCCUAUAGCUCCAAAGGUCACCUAAUCAAGCCCACCUCCCUCAUGCACGGCCUGUCCAGCCGUGCCGACGAUUCCAUCUCGUUGCUCGCUCACACCCCCAACGGAGGGAACCGCCUUCACGAAAUGAAUCAAGCCGAAUUCGUGCCCGACAGCCCCAUCCUCAUGAAGAAAUUAUACGGCAUAGAGAAGUCACCCAGUGUGGGGGAGAUCAACAGUUUGUCAGAGUCUUCACGCUCUCUCAGCCCCAAUUCCACCGAACCUGACACUCCGUCACCUACAGGAGGGCAACCGGGGGCCGCGGGAGCAAAGGGCAACAGCCGGAUCCCACAACUGUCAUCCAAGAAGAGCCCCCUGGAGGAGGACAGUGGCUCAACCGGAGAAGACACAGAUUCCACUGCCAGCCGCAAGAAACACACCUUCAAGAUCUUCAAGAAACAGAGGAAAUAAGGGCUAAAUGAACUAGAGGCUGUUAAAGUCUGACUGUAUUCCUCAUUGGUCUGUUUUUGAGAAAAAAAAAAAAGUCUUUUUGGGGUUCAUUAAUGGUCAAAUGAUGGCACCAUUUGUGGCCGUUGUAUCUUUAUGUAGGUUCAGUACCUACUUCAAUAAACUGGACUGAGAGAGGAUCCAGCUGUUCAGUUUUAUCUGCUUUUUUUGGUCAAUGUAGAAUAUGUGGGGAAUUGGUAGGUUUGUAUAUUGGAAUGUAAAGUAUUAUUUAUUCUGCAGGAAAUUGUGCCAGUCUCAAAAGGAAGUGUGUGUCCCAGUUGGUUUUCUUUCUUGUUCAACAAUCUAUAACAUUUUGCAUGUGUUCACUUUUGUUUGACUGAUCUUCGAAUGCUUAGUGUUUGCUUGGUUCCUGUCGUUAAUCCGCUUAGACGACACUUGAUGUUUCUUUUAUUACUACCUAACCACCUAGCCUACAAGUCCAAAGUGAAUGCGCUCUUUUUUUCUUUUUUUUUUUUUCAAUGAAUACUUAGUGUUUGUUGAUGGUUAAAAGUUUUUCUGUCUUUUGUUGUCUUCUCUUUGGCUGAGCAAAAUGGCACAUUGAAAAACCUUGAAACAGAUGCUUAGUAGUAAAUUCACACUAGUACAAUAACCAACAUGACUGGUGGUGAAAUUAAUUACACUUCGGUUUUGGCUUUUUAAAAAAGUGCAAAUACAGCAAUAGUUUGUACUUAGUAUAAUUUUAUUUAGACUUCCCAGGAGAAAAAACGUAUAAAAAGUGCAAAUUAAUAGAGUUAAAUUUGGAUCUCAGGAGCACCUGAAUGAUAUUUCUGUUGAGUGCAUGUGUGCAUGAGAGCGUGAGAGAAAUGCCCAGCUUUAAUACAAAAAAGAUGGUGCACACAAAGUUGAACACUCAUCAAUUUACACUUAUCUUGAUAUUUAAGUAGACGUAGGUGUAUUUGUGUCAUUGGGCAGAAAAAUCAGCUUCACCAAAACUUUUAACAUGACAGUCUUAAACACCAGAGAUGGUUGUAAAAUGACAUUUUAGCUUGUUAAAAAAAAUAAAAGUUACAGUUACUGUAAUUCUACAUGUUACACAAUGAUGUUACAUCCAUUUCAGAGGCUGUUCUCAAAGUAUUACCUUCGUGGCAACUGCUAUCCUCUGUUUUGUGGUUUGUUUGAAGUAAAUUUUUUUUGUUAGACAAUAAAACUUAACAGCAAACACGAUUUUGUCAGUGACAAAUGGGUGCUGGAAAGGGCUGUAGUUACUCGGCAGAAUCAUUUGCUCUGAACGAGAGAAAUUUUCUAGUUACCAAAUUUUAAUUUUUGUGGUAUCUAUAAGGUGUACAAGCAGAGUAUCAAUCAUGUCAAAGUGCCAAAUCCCUCUUCCUGUCUGAGGCCUUUGUAAUGUGUGCAGCCCCCCUUACACAGAACACAAAGUCUGUAACGUAUUUAAGGUACAUUCUGUUAAAUCUGAGAGUCUAAGGGUAUUUCUACAACUUUAUUAUCAGAACAGUGUGUUUACAUAUGUUGUAGACGGUUUCACUCCUCAGACUACCACAAAAAACAACCUUGUACCAGUUUUAUUACUGAAUGCUUGACACGAGCACAUAACUAUGCAUCAGUAGUUGUAGGUAAUUACGUAGCAGGAAUGCCAGUUAGGGUGCUCCUGAUAAAUGAACAACCAAAAAGUGCUGCAGUUACCCAGUCAGCCUCCCCAGCAUCGCAAUGUAACAGGUGGUUCGGAUGUACAAGACACGUUUCAAUACUUUCUUUUUGAAGCCAGCUAAAAAUAUUGAUUACCCAGUGGUACUUUUUUAAAUGUCAUUUGUACCUCUUUUGCACGACAGAGCUGUAAAUAGAUUAUGCCAUCUGAAUGUGUGAGUGUGUGUGCGUCUGUCUGCUCCCAGUAUAAUGCACUGUAAUGUUGAUGCAUGUCAACUGCUGUAAUAAAACCUAUAUUGGGUUACAAGAGUGGAUCAUCUUAAGCAUUGGGCUCCACCCUACCUUUUUUUUUUUUUUUUUCUUCUUCUUUUUGAUUCUCUAUUUAUGAAUACAAACAGUAUAUUUGUACAGAGAAAAUGAUACUUUUGCAUCUCCUGUGAUGGUCUAGACUUUUAUGGCACUCCUGCAUGAUAGCAAUAAACUAUUUUGAACGAAA